AUGCCUCGUAAGAAACGCGAGUUUCAUUCAUCAACAAUCCUCCUUCGUCUUUUGUUCGUUCAGUCUCUUGUUUUAUUUUUAGAGUCUGCCAGCUGUGUAACUCUUUCAUCGCCAACACCUGAGGGCAUCAUGUCAUCGCGCUUGCCCAAGCGCCCGUGCAUCUUUUAUUUUGGAAGUAGCCGGGUGGCGAGUCAACACCACAAGCACCGACACCUUGGUUUGAUACCUCCACCUUCAUUCUGCUUCUGCACCUCCUCGCUCCCCGUGGUUGCCUCCUUACCCUUGCCACGGCACAAACGCACUGCAUUCCCCUCUUUAUGGCCGAUGCCCAGGAGACGUGUUAUCCCCAAAUUUCGUCAUUUCUCCUCCUCCUCCGCCUCCUCUUCCUCCUUUUCCUCCUCUUCCUCCUCGUCUCAGCCCCUGUCCCCUUCCACUCCAUCCUCCACACCCUCCACCCACCCCGCGGCCACGCCAUCCACCUACACAUGUUCCGCCAUAAGCCCCGAAGAAAUGGAGAGGAUCGGGGAAGGACUGUGGGAAGCGGGCUUGGCUGUGGGCCACACGGUUUUUUUGUAC